UUGAUUAUUUUGGGAUAUGAAUUUUUACCCUCUACACCUAUUUUUGGUCAGAUCAGAUUCAUCUCAUUAAAGAAUGAUUUCUUCCUUUCAAUGUUAUCACUCUAACAUUGAUGACAGCCUCCCAAUAUGAACUAUUCUAGAAACAAACGAUCUCAUACAGUGAUAGCAUCCCCUUAUGACUUAUUCAAGGUUAUGUUCUACCAAAGAAGAUCUUGUUUAUUUUAGGUUGCCAACAAUACUCAAAGAUACAAGACAAAUAGAUUAAGACCACAACCCAAACUGUGGGCCCACUUCUUUUUGCUUUAGACAUUUUCAAUUACCAUAAAUGGCCCAAAUUUCCUUACUCUUUGCCGCCCCCAUUCUUCCUUUUUCUUCUCUGUGUCCUCAAAUAAUUCCAAAGAGCCAAAUUAACAACGAAUAAACGCAACCAUACUCUUAAAAUCUAGCAAAAAGUAAAAGUGUGUCACAUCAUCACAUCACCAACUCUAUUCCGUGAAGGUAAGGAUAGAACCAUGUUAGUCACUCCUUUUAUUCAUAAACAGAUAUAUUAUAUUCUUCAUACACUAAUUUAUUUCCAACUUUUUAGUCACUAUAACACAAGUUUCUGAUUCUUAAUAAUCUACUAAACAUUUUUGACACACUGUCAUUGUUCGUUAUUGCAUCAGCUUCCUGAAGAAAUUCACAAUUUUCGAAACUGAAACUAAAUAGUGGUUCAUUCCCUUUUGACAAAGUUCUUUAUGGGAAAGAAAUGCAUGGAUUAUUGACUGUUUGAGGAUUUCAAAAGCAGCAACUUGGACGGCGCCCGAGACUGCAAAGAAGAGAAAAACUCAAAAAAUGGUUUUUUUUUUUUUGUUUUUCUUUUUCCUUUGUAUUCAUCAACGGAGCAUAAAUUACUGAACAAGUGUUUAUUUUUCCAGUUUCACGAUAAAAAUUGUGAAAUACAGAACUUGUGUUUCACGUGGAUAUAUCAAUUUUUAAAAUGAGAUUUACCAGGUUGUUGUCUUUCCAACCAAUGACAGCAUACUAUCUAUGAAUCUAUGUUCUAUCACAAAUCCAUGGAAAUAUAAGACAGGACAGAAUCAAUUUUUGGAGUACCAUGUAACACGCUGUGCUACAAACGUUCCUUGUCUAACAAAAGACUAAGAAAAAAAUACACACACAUUGCACAUAGGUAGAGACAGAUACGUCUUCCAAAUUAAUAGAUAUAUCACAACCACCCUUUUAUCUUUUUCCACGUUCAACUGCUUUUGCUUUGGUCGGAAGACCAAAACGGGAAGAGAGAUUACAGCUAUAAGAUACUGGUAGAUCUCACUCACUUUGCUGAACAGGGGCAGCCUUUGUUCAUCUGACCAAAACGUUAAAGCUAAACGACCUGUUCUGCUCCCUUCAUCUUUGCCUUGUCUUCAACUGAGAUGUUGCCAUUUUAAAAAAUAAAUAUAUUUAACCCCACAGUGCUUUAUUCUGAUCAAAUUUGAUACUUGGUGGUUGUUGCAGAGAACGAGGCAGUGAGUUUUUCCCAAGAGAGAGAAACACAUCUCUCUCUCUAUAUUGCUUUGCUUGUCUUUUUGUCGUGUUCCUCGUCUCAUUUAAAGGCAUUAAAUACUUAAAGGCGUUGCCUUUCUUUCUACUUGGUGGCAUAUUUACAGGGACCUUGUUUCCUUGUUCUUAAAUUUUUAAGGGUGUGGUUGUGGCAUCACAGGAGCGAAACAGAACAUCACAUUCACCCAUUCUGCUGUCUCUCCCUUUCUCCUUUGUUGUUCUCAACUUGAGAAGCUUACGAGAGUUUGUUAUUGUUUCUAUUCUCACAAAGGGUUUCACAAGAAGAGAACUUUGCUUCUUCAAUUGUUGAGAAUUUCUGGUCGCCAUUGGAUUGCAGCAUUUUUCUAAUCUGUACUAGAGUACAACAUAGCAUACUUGACGGGCUGUCUGAGGUGCAAGAUUAACAAUGAGAGACGAGAAUUCCAAGAAAAGCAAGCUCUCAUGGUCGAAGAGAAUGGUGAGAAAGUUCUUCAAUAUCAAAAGCAAAGAGGAAGACUCCUGCCAAUCAAAUGGUGGUGCUUAUGGAGGAGGUGACGUAGAAUACAGAAGCAGGAAAAGCUUCUCCGACAGAGAGCCUUGCACAAUCAAAAAGAGCAAAACAGAGAAGUUUGGCAGGAACACGGAGCAGGUCAGGCGAGGCAGAGUUAGUCUUGACCAUCCUCGAAUUGUCGAUGUCCAUAACUACAGCGUUUUUGUUGCUACGUGGAAUGUUGCUGGAAGAUCUCCACCAAGAAAUUUGAGUAUAGAUGAUUUGCUUCAUGCCUCACCACCUGCAGAUAUUUAUGUUCUUGGAUUUCAAGAGGUAGUUCCCUUGAAUGUUGGUAACAUCUUAGGCGCUGAAGACAACGGCCCUGCCAAAAAAUGGCUUGCUCUCAUUGGAAGAACCUUAAACAAUCUUCCUGGUUCUAGUGGAGGUGGUGGGUAUUAUACACCAUCUCCACUGCCUCAGCCAGUGGUAGAAUUAAAUGUAGAUUUUGAGGGAUCAGCUAGGCAGAAGAAUUCAUCACUCUUCCAUCGUCGAUCGUUCCAGACAACUUCUAGCAGCUGGGGAAUUGACAAUGACCCUUCAACUACGCAGCCUCGACUAGAUCGAAGAUUCAGUGUUUGUGAUCGUGUAAUUUUUGGUCAGAGGAAAAGUGACUUCGAUCCCAGCUUCAGAUGGGGUUAUAGGCCCAGUGACUAUUCCAGAGCAAGUGACUACUCCAGACCCAGUGACUACUCAAGAUGGAGUUCAUCUGAUGAUGACAAUGCCCUUGGAGAUUCGCCAAACACAGUCUUAUUUUCACCGUUGUCUCAUGGUGGGCCUGCCUCUACGGAAGAUGGAUAUGUCAUGCCAAGGCGUUCCAGGUACUGCGUUGUUGCAAGUAAGCAAAUGGUAGGAAUAUUUCUUACCAUAUGGGUGAGGAGUGAAUUGAAGGAUCAUGUUGGAAACAUGAAAGUGUCAUGUGUUGGCAGAGGAUUGAUGGGUUAUCUUGGAAAUAAGGGAUCCAUCUCGAUUAGCAUGUCUCUACAUGAAACAAGCUUUUGCUUCAUUUGUAGCCACUUAACCUCAGGACAGAAAGAGGGUGAUGAACUGAGAAGAAAUUCUGAUGUGAUAGAAAUUCUUAAGAAGACAAGGUUUCCUCGUGUUCAUGGUCCUGACAAUGAGAAGUCUCCGGAGACAAUCCUCGAGCAUGAUCGAAUUAUAUGGCUUGGAGACUUGAAUUAUCGAAUUGUACUCUCCUACCGUUCUGCUAAGGCUCUUGUUGAGAUGCAAAAUUGGAGAGCACUAUUGGAGAACGACCAGUUGAGAAUAGAACAAAAGAGAGGUCGUGCAUUUGUCGGAUGGAAUGAAGGAAAGAUUUAUUUUCCUCCAACGUACAAGUAUUCAACAAAUUCAGAUAGAUAUGCAGGAGAUGACAUGCACCCAAAGGAGAAAAGGCGAACACCUGCUUGGUGUGAUCGGAUACUGUGGUAUGGAGAAGGUCUCCAUCAAUUAUCCUAUGUCCGUGGAGAAUCAAGGUUUUCAGAUCACAAGCCAGUUUAUGGCAUAUUUUCGGCUGAGGUUGAGGCAAAUCAUGGAAGGUUGAAGAAAAGUGUGAGCUGUUGUUCCAGGAACAGAAUCGAGGUGGAAGAACUCUUGCCAUAUUCCCAUGGAUAUACCGAACUUAGUUUUUUCUGAUAUAUGGGAUUUCAGGACUUGGUCAACAAGCUGGAGUCACCUCACUUUGAACAAUGUUAUUUGUGGAGACUGAUAGAAACAACCCAUUUCCCACAUACCGAAAAAGUCAUGCCUUGCCUAACACAUGAUCAGUACAAGUUACUCAUCAUCAUCAUCAUCUCGUUAGCAUCUCACGCCAGCUUAAAUACUGUGCAACUGUGCAUUAUCUGAUACCCAAUUAACAAACACACAACUUUACAUGUCUCAAAACCCUCUGUGUUCAUCGGCACUCUUGCACAAUCAUUGGGAGGCGGAAAGAGACCAUUUUUUUUAUUUAGUUAAUGAUUCUUUUGUUGUUUUUGGAGAAUGUUCAUGAUGGCUGAAUGAAGUUGAAAAGUUCGUCAACAUAAUCAUUAGGCUACUAACUUUUUUGUUCCGAGUGCAGAAAAAACAUGAAUUUUGAUUGAUGUAUACUAUGUAUUGAUUGCUACAGUGAUGAAAAAGAAAUUGUAAUUACAGAGAAAAAGGAAAUUUGUAGCUAAUUAUUGAUAGAA